AAGGCUGUAAAUAAAUUCUUCUUUUUUCAAGUAAAAGGAUAUGGUAUAAUGGAACAUUCAAGAUUCCAAAAAGUUCUUCCAAGCAAUACAAUGGAACCAAGAAAUGGUGAAUUCCAGCCUGGGUUGCAGCCAAUGAUGCAGGAUCGACCGGAUGACAUGCAUACAAUUAGAAGACCACCUAAUGUUGGUACGGCACAAGCCAAACCUGUACUUAAUUUUUCCAUACAGACAGGUGAGGAAUUUGCUCUCGAAUUUAUGAGAGAUAGGGUGAAUCUUGGGAAGCCUAUGUUUCCAAAUGUCGGUGACACUAAUUAUACACCAGGUUAUAUGGAUCUAAAAGGCAUUUUAGGCAUUAGUCAUCCAACAUCAGAAAGUGGAUCAGACAUUUCCAUGCUUUCAAUGGUUGACAAAUAUCCAAAAGAGUUUGAAAGAGUGAACACAUCAUUGCAGGGAGACAAAAGCAAUUAUGGGUCAAUUCGAUCAAUACCAAGAACUUCAAUGACUCAGGACAGUAGACAACUUGUGCAGAAGUAUGGCUCUUCUCGAGGUUCCGAUAGCUCAUCAAUGCUAUUGAAGUUCCUUUGCAGCUUUGGUGGGAGAAUAUUACCUAGACCAAGUGAUGGAAAACUAAGGUAUGUUGGAGGUGAUACACGUAUUCUUCGUAUAAGAAAGAAUAUAUCUUGGCAGGAGCUCUUGCAGAAAGCAUUAUUAAUGUAUAGUCAGGUUCAUGCAAUCAAGUAUCAGCUUCCGGGGGAAGAUCUUGAUGCUUUGGUAUCUGUGUCAUGUGAUGAGGAUUUGCAGAAUAUGAUGGAAGAAUGUAACCAUCUAGAAGACAGAGAAGGAUCACAAAAGCCUAGGAUGUUUUUGUUCUCAUUGAGUGAUUUGGAGGACGCUCAAUUUGGUCUCAGUGGUUUGGGUGAUGAUUCUGAGAUCCAAUAUGUUGUUGCUGUUAACGGCAUGGACAUGGGAUCAAGAAGAAACUCAACCCUGAUUGGCGUGAACUUUUCAGCAAAUGAUCUGCAUGAUUUGGACAGGCAGAACACUGAAAGGGAGACUGGUAAAGUUGCUGUUGAAUCUGUAGGUGUCAACAAUUCUCUCCUGAAUAACAAAUUUGACUCAUCACCAAAUGUGGAAUCCUUGCAACCAGUGCUACCUACUUCCUCAAAUUCUUAUGAAAGAUAUCCACAGUCCUUGCAACCAAUGCACCAUGGGGAUCCUGUUGGUCAAUAUCAUGUUUCUAGAUCUGUUGUUGAAGACAUUCCUACUACUAUGCCUCCUCGUGCACUGAUUAAUCAAGAUGGGGUUUUUAGCAAAGGCCAUCCACCAGUCGGAUUACCAGUACAUAAUUCUGAAAUACCACCAGUGGUCACAAAAAAGAAGGUUGAUAGUUUGAUUGAACAAGCAAGCGACCAGGGUAAAGUUUUAUACUUGGAAACCCCAUCCUCAGCUCCUACUCAACUAUUUGAUGGUUACAUGAAAAAUAAUUUUCCCGAAGCAACAGCUGUAGUUACUAUGCCAGAGGGCUAUCCAAUACCUCCGACAAAAAAGGACCAGCUACAGAACUAUGAAGAUGGUGCUUCUACAUCUAACAGUGGCUUUGCUCCCACUUAUGUCGACUCCCAGUCAAAUGCUGUUGAUUUUAGUUCUCUUAACCCUCCUCCUCUUCCUGAAAGAGUUUACUAUUCAGAAAGGAUUCCUAGGGAGCAAGUAGAUUUGCUGAAUCGGUCCACCAAGUCAGAUGAUUUACAUGGUUCUCAGUUUAACAUUUCCGAUUUACUUUCUGAUGCAAAACCCUCAGAUUCAGUUACAGGAUCUGACGACAACUUGCAUAAUGGGAAUCAGCCUCUCCGAGCUGAGGAAUCGGGUGUUGCAGCAAAGCCUUUGCCUGCUGAUGGCUAUGCUACCAAACAUCAAAUAUACAAACAUUUUCCUGAUCCAAGUAGCCAGUUGAAGUCAAAACUAACUGAGCAUGUGAAUUCUGAGUUGAAGAAGGUAGUACCAAUAGUUGAAGGAAGUAAUGAUGUAGUAACUAAAGAUCAUGUUGUUAAUUUUGAACCUGAAACUUAUUGUAAAGAUAAUCAUAUCAAACACCGGCUUGAUGAGAUAAAAGAUAGCAAAUCAGAAUCUGACUUUCCUACUUUGCAUCAGGUUCCCUCUGCUAGGCAUCUUGAGGAUCCUGCUUCAUGUCUUCCCGAGGUUGAUUGGGGCAAUGCCACUGUUACAGAAUCUAAUGAAAGUCGCAUGGUUCAAGGACUACCUGUUUCUCUAAAUGGGAACCAAACUACCAAAGAUGAUUUUCAACCUUCUUCAAGUGUUGCUUCAAAGACAUCACAAGGUGACAUUCUAAUUGAUAUUGAUGAUCGAUUUCCCCGUGAAGUGCUUAGUGACAUGUAUAAAGCUUUACUUGAAGAAGGUUUCUCGGGUCGGCAUCCACUAACCUCGGAUGGAGUAGGUCUAAGCAUAAAUGUGAAAAAUCAUGAACCUACACCUUGGGAAUAUUUUCACAAACUGGCACAAGAAGGACUCAAUAAUGUCUCUCUCAUUGAUCAGGAUCAUGUUAGUUUUUCACCUGCAAUAGAAGAAGUGGAAGAUGACGGUAGAACUCAACAUGUUACGCCUCUAACAACAGGUGAAAUAUAUCAGAAAGACUUACAUGGAAGGGUUGGAACAGAAACUACUAUUCUAAAGCCAAAUGAUCCCCUCGUGAAGGAUACUGAAAGUAUGCAAUUUAAUGCUAUCAUGGAAAACAUAAGAGCACAGGAAUCAGUUUUUGAGGAUGGGAAGUUUGAAACAAGAAAUCGUACACCUCCUGUUGAUCCUCCCGUAAGUGAAAUUGACCCGAAUUCUUUGCAGGUCAUAAUGAAUGAAGAUCUUGAAGAGCUGAAGGAGCUGGGUUCUGGUACCUUUGGGACUGUGUAUCAUGGAAAAUGGCGUGGAACAGAUGUUGCCAUCAAAAGAAUAAAGAAAAGCUGUUUCACCGGUCGAUCAUCAGAGCAAGAGAGACUGACUUUAGAAUUCUGGCGGGAAGCUGAUAUUCUUUCCAAGCUUCAUCACCCAAAUGUUGUGGCAUUUUAUGGUGUAGUUCAGGAUGGACCUGGAGGAACAAUGGCCACUGUUACGGAGUACAUGGUGGAUGGUUCUCUUCGGCAUGUAUUGCUUCGCAAAGAUAGGUAUCUAGAUCGUCGCAAGAGGCUGAUAAUUGCUAUGGAUGCAGCUUUUGGAAUGGAGUAUUUACACUCAAAAAAUAUUGUUCAUUUUGACUUAAAAUGUGAUAAUUUGCUUGUGAACUUGAAAGAUCCUUUACGGCCAAUAUGCAAGGUUGGUGAUUUUGGCUUGUCAAAAAUUAAGCGGAAUACCUUGGUCUCAGGUGGCGUGCGGGGGACACUUCCUUGGAUGGCACCGGAGCUGCUGAAUGGUAGCAGCAACAAGGUGUCAGAAAAGGUUGAUGUGUUCUCCUUUGGCAUAGUAUUGUGGGAAAUUCUAACUGGUGAGGAGCCUUAUGCCAAUAUGCACUAUGGUGCAAUCAUAGGUGGGAUUGUUAAUAACACAUUAAGGCCAACAAUUCCCAGUUACUGCGACUCAGAAUGGCGAACACUGAUGGAGCAGUGCUGGGCACCAAAUCCUGCAGUCAGACCUUCCUUUACAGAAAUUGCCCGUCGAUUGCGUGUCAUGUCUGUGGCAGCUAGCCAGGCAAAGGUGCAGGGCCAAAAGGCGUCUAAAUGAUUUGAGAGAGAGAUGUGUUGGUUGCUGCUUUUCCAACCCUAAUACCAAUAUUGGCGUUGGUAUUGUUAAAAUCAUACUCCAAGUGUAUUAUUAUACCACCUCUACUUUUUAUUGAAAAUUUUCUUUUUUUUUUCUUUUAUCAACCCUAUACUUUUGUGAGCUAAAUUUGUGUGUAUAUGAAACUGCUUUUGUGCAAACGGAAAAUAGUCUUCUUUUCUAUGUUGUUUGGUUCCCUUUUACUUUGUAUAUUUGCCCUUUGAACCAAAUUUCUUGCAUCUAUAAGUAAUUCACAAUUUUGUGUUGUAA